AUGAUCUCUCUCUCUCUCUGGUCUUUGUGGGGGGCUAUUUUUAUCUAUCUAUCUAUCUAUCUAUCUAUCUAUCUAUCUAUCUAUCUAUCUAUCUAUCUAUCUAUCUAUCUAUCUAUGUCUGUUCAUCUCUAUCUAUUUAAUCUGUUCACAUCUAUUUAUUUAUGUCUAUUCAUAUCUAUCUAUCUAUCUAUCUAUCUAUCUAUCUAUCUAUCUAAUCUGUUCAUAUCUAUUUACCUAUAUCUGUUGAUAUCUCUCUAUUUAAUCAUUUCAUAUCUAUCUAUCAAUCUAUCUAUCUUUCAUUUUUUUCCUGUCUUAACUUUAUUUUUCUACAAUUAUUUCACACUUUCCUCAAUCUCAUCCUUUCUUUCUUUCUUUCUUUCUUUCUUUCUUUCUGUUUUUCUUUCUUUCUUUCUUUCUUUCUUUCUUUCUUUCUUUCAUUUCCUUCCAAUUAAUUUCUAA